GAAUCUUUUGUGCAAUUUUAUAAUCAUAAGCAAAAUGGAUGCAUGCACAGUUUGUCUAGAAAAAUAUAAUGGUACUGACAAGAAACCUCUAUCACUCCGAUGCGGACACGUUUUUUGCCGCUCAUGCCUCUAUAGCCUCGCUGAACUGCACAACCGCCGCUGUCCACAGUGCAGGAGGCCCUGGACAGAAGAUGUUUCCGAGCUACGCGUCAUUUACAUGCUGAUUGACGGCGAACAGGAGCCUUUCUGUCAGGGUUGUGAAGAUGAAAUGAAAGCUUGGUUUAUUACAGGAGAACAGCAAGCUCAAGAAGCAAUGAUACAACUCGAGAGCCACCAAUCUCGAAAAAAUUUUCUGCUUUUCUCCAGCAAUCGAUUCAAUGCGAGAGCUCUCUCUGCUUAUGACGUUCAGGAGCGACCAGCAUUUGUGGUCUCUACUGCAGCUAACCCAAUACGCAGCCUAUCUCUUCUGCUUAUCAAGUUAGCGGAGGCAGGAUAUCGCAUUCGUCUGUACCUCAAUGACUCAUUCUUGUCGCGAGAAUUACCCGAGUUGGACUGUGCUCGCCUUGCACCAUUUCUACAAAAAGGAUAUGGGCUUCAUGUGAGUGGCUUCCUGGGCCACGCUUCGGCCGCCACGCUGCAGAAGAUGCCGAGAGCUUACUUCUCCCUGCGGCUGGAGACUGCGGCGGACAUCGAGGCUCUCUACUUGGAGACGAAGUUUACUGAAGCCGCCGUGAACAGGAACCUCAAGCCCGAGGACAUCAAGCAUCGACCGCGGGCGUGUUCAGCCAUUCAGUGCGUGGAGCUGCAGGACAGCGAGGUGCCGUGGCUGGUCGCAGUGGCGAAGAAGCUGCUUGUUCCAGACCGUAAUGGGACGAAGUACGCGAGGCUGCGUUCGUGUCACCUCACGAGGGCUGGCGUGAAGAAGCUGCUGCGAAGUGACAUCCAGAACAUAUAUAUGGAGUCCCGCGACCUUGAGCGUGAUGUCGUGGCGGAACUCGUGACUUUGGCGUUCACGAAGAAUAGAGAACUGAUCAUCGAGGAGCCUUGUUCUUCAGAUAAUGAAUAUGUGCAUUCUAAUCGUUCACCUCACUUGAAUCAUGCAACAAGCCGUCUUCAUGCGGCAGGUCUGCCUUCUGCGGCGAGCAUGCCUUCUGCGGCGAGCCUGCCUUCUACGGCGAGCCUGCCUUCUGCGGCGAGCCUGCCUUCUGCGGCGAGCCUGCCUUCUGCGGCGAGCCUGCCUUCUGCGGCGAGCCUUCCUUCUGCGGCGAGGCAGAGAGCUGCAGCAAGCCAGCGAGCUGCAGCAAGCCUGCGAACUGCAGCAAGCCAGCGAGCUGCAGCAAGGCAGAGAGCAAGGCAGAGAGCUGCAGAAAGCCAGCGAGCUGCAGCAAGCCAUCCUCCGUUUUGCUAAACGUACGGGCAUUAUGGCUGCCAGAGGUACGAGCUUCUUGCAGUUAUCAAUGCUGUCAUGAACUCGAAGUUAAGUUAGUAAGCAUUUAUUCUUGCCUUGUAACGUACUUGUCUGGUACGACGUUUGUUAUGAACAAUGCGCGGAUGAAUACUUUAGUUAUUAGUAUUUUAUAUACAUUGUUCGCCUUAUCAGUAUUGAUUACUGUUGUUCAAAUAAAAUUUCUAGAUCCUU